AUGUACACACUUCCAUUCCUUGUCCUGUUGGCAAUCAUUCCCCUGCUAGCUGGAGCCAACCAACCUCCCAAUGUUCUCGAACCUGGACCAUGGGAUCCCCCGAUCUCCUCGCCCGCAGCUCAUAGUGAAUUCCUUUACAUCCUCGCCCGGGCCGUUCGGGACACUCUGCCGGAAGGAGGAUAUUGCCAGAACACUCUGGAUAUAAAAAGAGACGAAAAGCAACUGUAUUGGAAAAGGGGGACUCCAGGAAGGAAUCCGAAGGACGUUGGCGCCGUGAUGGUGCUCUACUCUAGCAGACUCGUCUUCCCAAACACAAAAGAUGCGUUCACAGAAGUUUUGGACAGGCAAGAUUCUCAGUUGAAUCUGUUGACGAAGAAUGCGUACAUGGAGAUGGACAGAUUAUUUACAUCAGGAAGGCGUCCAAAAGUCAUGACCGCAUUAGCGAUUGAAGAACGUAUCUACCUCUCAUCAAGCAUUGUCGGCAAGAAGGUUGGUAACCUGAUAGUGGAUACGAACACAUGGAAGUGGAGAGAAAAUAUUCCAGAUGGUCUUAGAGAUUGUCUAGAAAGAUGUCAGUAUUGGUGGGAAUGGGAGAACCCCGACGGCCAGCCAAGUCCCUUCAAUCCAGAAAAUCCAGGCGACGCGUAUUGGACCCCGGAAGACAUUCAUCGAACAGGGGCUAGUUGUGGUGAGUGUGGUGCGCUGUACCAGUUCUUCCAGGACAACCCUACUAGGAAGAAUUGCGAUAAUGCCCUCUUUAUUACGAUAACCGCAGACCCGGCCAAACAAGACCCGGUCGAUUCAAAGAAUUGGCCUCUUACAGAUAGGCUGCGAGUUGUGGACCCUUGCACUGGAGAUGACUCAGGCGACGAAAGGAAGCAAUGGGGUUGUAAGCUGCUGACGUCCAUGUGCAAAGGCUCGAGGUUCAUCUCAGAAGGCACGAAUUCGCGUCGAUUUUCAGAUUACUACAUCGGUCCGUGGAAGAGAAAGGUCCAGGUUAACGGACAGGAAAGGGAGGAAAAAGAACCAGAUGUCGAUUACAAACGGUCUCCAAGAUUCUUUGAGAAAAAGCAUAUCCCGCUCGAUGUCGGAGAUCUGAGAGUAGUUCCCCCGACCCCGCUGCCGACGCCAGGUAACACGCCUCCUGCGAACACACCUCCGCCAAAUACGCCUCCUGCAAAUACUCCAGUGGCAAAUCCUGCUCCAGCGAGUUCGACGCCAGCCAAUGAAGAGGAGCCUGGUUGCUGCUCUGGAUGCAUUUGCAAUUGA